CAAGACCCGCGCCGCCGCUGCCGCGUGCGGAGGCGGGGAGGGCGGGGCGCGAGGAGUCGCGGCGGCGGGAGAUGCGGACGGCUGCGAGCACCCGGCGGGCUCGGGUGGGCCGCCGCCGCCUUCUCCGGCUCCGCCGCGGGGGUCGCAGCGGCUGCUGCGCCGUCCUCGAGUUUCCAGCGUGACGAAGAGGCUGAGGGCGGAGAGGCGCAUCGUGUUCGAGGCGGAGACCCAGGGGGAGCCCCGCGCGUGGCGUCGCUCAUUGCUAUGGACAGUGCUAUCACCCUGUGGCAGUUCCUUCUUCAGCUCCUGCAGAAGCCUCAGAACAAGCACAUGAUCUGUUGGACCUCUAAUGAUGGGCAGUUUAAGCUUUUGCAGGCAGAAGAAGUGGCUCGUCUCUGGGGGAUUCGCAAGAACAAACCUAACAUGAAUUAUGACAAACUCAGCCGAGCCCUCAGAUACUAUUAUGUAAAGAAUAUCAUCAAAAAAGUGAAUGGUCAGAAGUUUGUGUACAAGUUUGUCUCUUAUCCAGAGAUUUUGAACAUGGAUCCUAUGACAGUGGGCAGGAUUGAAGGUGACUGUGAAAGUUUAAACUUCAGUGAAGUCAGCAGUAGUUCCAAAGAUGUGGAGAAUGGAGGGAAAGAGAAACCACCUCAGCCUGGUGCCAAGACCUCUAGCCGCAAUGACUACAUACACUCUGGCUUAUAUUCUUCAUUUACUCUCAACUCUUUGAACUCCUCCAAUGUAAAGCUUUUCAAAUUGAUAAAGACUGAGAAUCCAGCCGAGAAACUGGCAGAGAAAAAAUCUCCUCAGGAGCCCACACCAUCUGUCAUCAAAUUUGUCACGACACCUUCCAAAAAGCCACCAGUUGAACCUGUUGUUGCUACUAUUUCAACCAGCCCAAGUAUUUCUCCCUCUUCAGAAGAAACUAUCCAAGCAUUGGAGACAUUGGUUUCCCCAAAACUUCCUUCCCUGGAAGCCCCAACUUCUGCAUCUAACGUAAUGACUGUUUUUGCCACCACACCACCCGUUUCAUCUAUACCCCCUUUGCAGGAACCUCCCAGAACACCUUCACCACCACUGAGUUCUCACCCAGACAUCGACACAGACAUUGAUUCAGUGGCUUCUCAGCCAAUGGAACUUGCAGAGAACUUGUCACUGGAGCCUAAAGACCAGGAUUCAGUCUUGCCAGAAAAGGACAAAGCAAAUAAUUCAUCAAGAUCCAAGAAACCCAAAGGGUUAGAACUGGCACCCACCCUUGUGAUCACAAGCAGUGAUCCAAGCCCACUGGGAAUACUGAGCCCAUCUCUCCCUACAGCUUCUCUUACACCAGCAUUUUUUUCACAGACACCUAUCAUACUGACUCCAAGCCCCUUGCUCUCCAGUAUCCACUUUUGGAGUACUCUCAGUCCCGUUGCUCCCCUAAGUCCAGCCAGACUGCAAGGUGCUAACACACUUUUCCAGUUUCCUUCUGUACUGAACAGUCAUGGGCCAUUCACUCUGUCUGGGCUGGAUGGACCUUCCACCCCUGGCCCAUUUUCCCCAGACCUGCAGAAGACAUAACCUAUGCACUUGUGGAAUGAGUGAACUGAGGAACAAAGAACAGAGAGACAUUCAACAUGAUGGCAUUUGAAGUGAGCAAUUGAUAGUUCUACAAUGUUAAUAAUAGACUGUUGUGAUUUUUGCCGUUCCCCAUUGAAAGCAUCUUUUUAGGAUUGUCUUUGAAUAGGACUCAAGUUGGACUAUAUGUAUAAAAAUGCCUUAAUUGGAGUCCAAACUCCACCUCCCUCUGUCUUUUUCUUUUGUUUUUCUUUCGUUCUUUUCCUUCCUUUCUUUUCUUUUCUCCUUUCAAAAUGUUUUGAGCUUUGUGCUGAAGAAAUUUUUGGUGGGGUUCAGUGGUUGUGCUUUGCAAGAGCAAUGAAGAACAAAGUUACUCCUUCUGUGUAUUGGGACCCUUUGGCCAGGAAAAAUUAUGCUUAGAAUCUGUUAUUUAAAGAAAUAUUUGUGAAAUGAA